GUGUGUCUCCCUCUGUCUCUCUCUCUCCAUCUCCUUCUCCGCUCAAUCUGUAACCACCAGCAACAGAGGCGGUGGGGUAUCGAGGAGAGAGAGGCUUUUUUUUCCCCCACUGCUGCAAAACAAUACAAUCAACACCACCUUAUCCAACAGAUUUACUGUAUUCCUGGUUACCGUUACCUUUAUUGAUUUGGAUAUAAAUAAAGCUACAUGAAAAGGAAUCCAGACGAAUCUGAGCCUUUUGAGGCUUAUAAAAAAAACAUUUUAAUUGCUUUUUAUUUUUAACCCCCCCCCCCCUUUUUUUUUUAACGUGCUGCUUCCUUGGAGGAGAACCGGGGGAGAGAAACGCUGGGGUUGGGCUCUGAACAUAGAGUCGGGGACUGGAGGUGGUUUGUAAUUUGUAUCUGUGUUAAAUUUGCACAACGAUGCUAUCUCCCAAGCCAGGACUGGCGGCUUUGGGAAUAUUUUGCCUCGGAUUUGUGCACAGUUUAGAGGUUUUUCCACCCGCCACAGCUGUUGACGCACCGAAGACAUGCAGCCCCAAGCAGUUUGUGUGCAAAGACCAGAUCACCUGCAUAUCGAAGGGCUGGAGAUGCGACGGGGAGAAGGACUGUCCUGACGGGUCGGACGAGUCGCCGGAUGUCUGUCCCCACAGUCGGGUUUCCAAAUGCCCUCCCAACGAGGUACAGUGCAUCGGCACGGAGCUCUGCAUCCACAUGAGCAAGCUGUGCAACGGAGUGCCGGACUGUACAGAUGGCUGGGACGAGGGCCCCCACUGUCGAGCUCUUGCCUCAAACUGCACACACUUCGGCUGUGAAUACAACUGCUCCCUGACGGUGAACGGACCGGAAUGUUACUGCAGAAAUGCACACGAGCUGGCAGAGGAUGGCAAGGCCUGUAAAGAUUUCAACGAGUGCACAGUUUAUGGGACCUGCAGCCAGACCUGUGUGAACACUGAGGGGUCGUACACCUGCAGCUGUGUGGAGGGCUAUCUGCUGCAGCCAGAUAACAAGUCGUGCAAAGCCAAAAACGAGCCGGUGGACAGGCUGCCCGUGCUGCUCAUUGCAAACUCCCAGAACAUCCUGGCUACCUCUCUGAGCGGCACGCCAGUGCCCAACCUCACCCCCACCAGCACCAAGCAGACCACGGCCAUGGACUUCAACUACGCUGAGGAGACGGUGUGCUGGAUCCACGUGGGAGACAGCGCCUCCAGCACCGUCCUCAAGUGCUCCAGGAUCCCCAACCUGAAGGCUUUCGCAGAGGAGCGGCUCAUCAACAUCUCUCUCAGCCUGCACCAUGUCGAGCAGAUGGCCAUCGAUUGGCUAACAGGAAAUUUCUACUUUGUGGAUGAUGUUGAUGACCGAAUAUUUGUGUGCAACAAGAACGGGGACACGUGUGUCACCUUGCUUGACCUGGAACUAUACAAUCCCAAGGGGAUAGCCCUGGAUCCAGCAAUGGGGAAAGUGUUCUUCACUGACUACGGUCAGAUCCCUAAAGUGGAGCGCUGCGACAUGGACGGACAGAACCGAACCAAGCUGGUGGACAGCAAGAUCGUGUUCCCGCACGGCAUCACGCUGGACCUGGUCAACCGGCUGGUGUACUGGGCCGACGCCUACCUGGACUACAUCGAGGUGGUGGACUACGAGGGCAAGAACCGGCACACCAUUAUCCAGGGGCUGCUGAUUGAACACCUGUAUGGGCUGACUGUCUUUGAGAACUACCUGUAUGCCACCAACUCGGACAAUGCCAACAUGCAGCAGAAGACCAGCGUGAUCCGGGUGAACCGAUUCAACAGCUCUGAUUACCAGGUGGUGACACGCGUGGACAAGGGGGGUGCCCUGCAUGUGUACCACCAGAGACGACAACCAGAGGUGAGAAGCCACGCUUGUGAACCGGACCAGUUUAGCAAGGCGGGCGGCUGCUCUGAUAUCUGUCUGCUGGGGAACAGCCACAAAACUCGGACCUGCCGCUGCAGAUCAGGGUUCAGCCUGGGCAGCGAUGGCAAGUCCUGCAAGAAACCUGAGCACGAGCUGUUCCUGGUCUAUGGCAAGGGGCGCCCGGGUAUUAUCCGGGGGAUGGAUAUGAAUGCCAAGGUCCCUGACGAGUACAUGAUCCCCAUUGAGAACCUAAUGAACCCCCGUGCCCUGGACUUCCACGCGGAGACCAGCUUCAUCUUCUUCGCCGACGCCACCAGCUACCUGAUCGGCCGGCAGAAGAUCGACGGCACGGAGAGAGAGACCAUUCUCAAGGACGGGAUCCACACUGUGGAAGGGCUGGCUGUGGACUGGAUGGCGAACAACCUCUACUGGACAGACGAUGGCCCCAAGAAGACCAUCAGCGUGGCCCGACUGGAGAAAGCCUCCCAGACCAGAAAGACCCUGAUUGAGGGCAAAAUGACCCACCCGAGGGCUAUUGUUGUGGAUCCGCUCCAUGGGUGGAUGUACUGGACGGAUUGGGAGGAGGACCCCAAAGAGAGCAAGCGUGGGAAGAUUGAGCGGGCUUGGAUGGACGGCUCGAACCGCAAUGUCUUCCUCACGUCCAAGACUGUUCUCUGGCCGAACGGCCUGAGUCUGGACAUCCCUGGUGGAGUCCUGUAUUGGGUGGACGCUUACUACGACCGCAUCGAGAUGGUCUUUCUCAACAACACAGAGCGCAAGACGGUGUACGAAGGGAACGAACUGAACCACGCCUUUGGCCUGUGCCACUACAACAACUUCCUGUUCUGGAAUGAGUACCGCAGCGGCAGCAUCUACAAGCUGGACCAGAUCACCAAGACCGUCACCCUGCUGCGCAACGAGCGUCCGCCCAUCUUUGAGAUCCGCAUGUACGACGCCCAGCAGCAACAAGUAGGUUCCAAUGCCUGCAGAGUGAACAACGGAGGCUGCAGCAGUCUGUGUCUGGCCAUUCCUGACGGGAGGCAGUGUGCCUGUGCCGAGGAUCAGAUUUUGGACUCUGACAACGUCAGCUGCAAAGCAAACCCCUCCUACAUCCCUCCCCCUCAGUGCCAGGCCGGAGAGUUUGCCUGCAAGAAUAACCGCUGCAUCCAGGAACGCUGGAAGUGCGACGGAGAUAACGACUGCCUGGACAACAGCGACGAGGCUCCUGAACUCUGCCAUCAGCACACCUGCCCUUCGGACCGCUUCAAAUGCCAUAAUAACCGGUGCAUUCCCAUUCGCUGGCUCUGCGACGGGGAUAACGACUGCGGCAAUGAUGAGGAUGAGUCCAACACCACCUGUUCAGCACGGACGUGCCCCCCCAAUCAGUUCUCCUGUGCGAGUGGACGCUGUAUCCCCAUCUCCUGGACCUGUGAUCUGGACGAUGACUGUGGAGACCGGUCGGAUGAGCCUUUAUCCUGCGCGUAUCCCACCUGUUUCCCCCUGACUCAGUUCACCUGCAACAACGGCCGUUGCAUCAACAUCAACUGGCGCUGUGACAAUGAUAAUGACUGCGGAGACAACAGCGACGAGGCAGGCUGCAGCCACUCUUGCUCCAGCGCGCAGUUCAAAUGCAACAGCGGCCGCUGCAUCCCGGAGCACUGGACCUGCGACGGGGACAAUGACUGCGGCGAUUACAGCGACGAGACGCACGCCAACUGCACCAACCAAGCCACUCGCCCCCCCGGGGGCUGCCACACAGAUGAGUUCCAGUGCCGCCUGGACGGGCUGUGCAUCCCCAUGCGCUGGCGGUGCGACGGAGACACGGACUGCAUGGACCUGAGCGAUGAGAAGAACUGCGAGGGGGUGACACACAUCUGCGACCCCAACGUCAAGUUUGGCUGCCGGGACUCCGCGCGCUGCAUCAGCAAGGCCUGGGUGUGCGAUGGGGACAGCGACUGCGAGGAUAACUCUGACGAGGAGAGCUGCGAGGCGCUGGUGUGCAAGCUGCCCUCCCACUCCUGCGCCAACAACUCGACCCUGUGCCUGCCGCCCGAGAAGCUGUGCGACGGAACCGAUGACUGUGCCGACGGCUCUGACGAGGGGGAGCUCUGCGACCUGUGUGCCCUUGGGAAUGGGGGCUGCAGUCACAACUGCACCGUGGCUCCUGGGGAGGGCAUUGCCUGCUCCUGCCCACUGGGAAUGGACCUGGCUGCCGACAACAAGACCUGUCAGAUCCAGAGCUUCUGCGCCAAGCACCGCAAGUGCAGCCAGCGCUGUGAGCAGGACAAGCAAACCGUCAAGUGCUCCUGCUACGAGGGCUGGGUGCUGGAGCCCGACAAGGAGAACUGCAAGAGUAACGAUCCUUUCAAGCCGUUCAUUAUCUUCUCGAACCGCCACGAGAUCCGUCGCAUAGACCUGCAGAAGGGGGACUUCAGCGUGCUGGUCCCGGGGCUGCGGAACACCAUUGCACUGGACUUCCAUCUCAACCAGAGCGCCCUCUACUGGACAGAUGUGGUGGAGGACAAGAUCUACCGCGGGAAGCUUUCCGACAGCGGUGCUCUGACCAGCUUCGAGGUGGUGAUUCAAUAUGGCCUGGCCACCCCCGAGGGUCUGGCAGUGGACUGGAUCGCUGGGAACAUCUACUGGGUGGAGAGCAACCUGGACCAGAUCGAGGUGGCCAAGCUGGACGGGACCAUGAGGACCACACUGCUGGCUGGAGAGAUCGAGCACCCGCGGGCCAUUGCACUCGACCCCCGGCACGGGAUCUUAUUCUGGACAGACUGGGAUGCCAACCUGCCUCGGAUUGAGGCUGCCUCCAUGAGUGGGCAGGGCCGGCGAACCAUCCACAAGGAGACUGGGAGCGGAGGCUGGCCCAACGGCCUCACUGUCGACUACCUGGAGCAGCGCAUCCUGUGGAUCGAUGCCAGGUCCGACGCCAUCUACUCAGCCAUGUACGACGGCUCUGGCCUGAUCGAGGUGCUGAGGGGACACGAGUACCUGUCGCAUCCCUUCGCUGUCACCAUGUACGGGGGAGAGGUCUACUGGACGGACUGGAGGACCAACACCCUGGCUAAAGCCAACAAGUGGACCGGGCACAAUGUGACGGUCGUGCAGAGAACCAACACACAGCCCUUUGACCUGCAGGUCUACCACCCCUCCAGACAGCCCCAGGCCCCCAAUCCCUGUGCUGCCAAUGGGGGUAAAGGACCCUGCUCUCACCUGUGCCUCAUUAACUUCAACCAGACCUUCUCAUGUGCCUGUCCCCACCUCAUGAAACUGCAGAAGGACAAUAAAACCUGCUAUGAGUCUCGGAAGUUCCUGCUGUACGCUCGUCAGAUUGAGAUCCGCGGAGUGGACAUUGACAACCCCUAUUACAACUACAUCAUCUCCUUCACGGUGCCCGACAUCGACAACGUGACCGUGGUGGACUAUGACGCCCUCGAGCACCGCAUCUACUGGUCCGACGUGCGCACGCAGACCAUCAAGAGAGCUUUCAUCAACGGCACCGGCGUGGAAACGAUCAUCUCCGCAGACUUGCCCAAUGCCCAUGGGCUGGCCGUGGACUGGGUGUCACGGAACCUGUUCUGGACCAGCUACGAUGCCAACAAGAAGCAGAUUAACGUGGCGCGGCUGGAUGGCUCCUUCAAGAACGCUGUGGUCCAGGGACUGGACAAGCCUCACUGCUUGGUGCUGCAUCCCAUCAAGGGUAAACUCUACUGGACAGAUGGAGACAACAUCAGCAUUUCUAACAUGGACGGUACGAACCGCAGUCUCCUCUUCACCAACCAGAAAGGACCAGUUGGCCUCUCCAUCGAUUUCGUCACAAGCCAGCUGUAUUGGAUUAGCUCUGGGAACAACACCAUCAACCGCUGCAACCUGGACGGCAGUGGCCUGGAGGUCAUCGAUGCGGUCAAGGGCAAACUGACCAAAGCCACGGCUCUCGCCAUCAUGGGUGACAAGCUCUGGUGGGCAGACCAGGGGACAGACCAGAUGGGAACAUGUGACAAGAAGACUGGAGCGGACUGGACCGUGCUGCGCAACAGCACCUCACCGAUGAUGCACAUGAAGGUGUACGAUGAGUCCGUCCAACUGGGUACCAACCCUUGCAGUAGGAACAACGGAGACUGUUCUCAGCUCUGCCUGCCCACCUCGGAGACCACCAGAGCCUGCAAGUGCACUGCCGGGUACAGCCUGAAGACCGGCCAACAGUCCUGUGAAGGUGUUGGAUCGUUCCUGCUGUAUUCAGUUCACGAGGGAAUCCGUGGAAUUCCAUUGGAUCCCUCCGACAAAUCGGAUGCCCUGGUGCCUGUAUCUGGAACCUCAUUGGCUGUUGGGAUAGACUUCCAUGCGGACAAUGAUACCAUCUACUGGGUGGACAUGGGCCUGAGCACCAUCAGCAGAGCCAAGAGGGACCAGACCUGGAGAGAGGAUGUGGUGACCAACGGCAUUGGGAGAGUGGAGGGCAUCGCUGUGGACUGGAUUGCAGGAAACAUCUACUGGACAGACCAGGGGUUCGACGUGAUCGAGGUGGCCAGGCUCAAUGGGUCCUUCCGUUAUGUGGUGGUCUCCCAGGGUCUCGACAAACCUCGAGCCAUCACUGUGCACCCCGAGAAAGGGUACCUGUUCUGGACGGAGUGGGGCCAGUACCCGCGCAUUGAGAGGGCUCGACUCGACGGCUCCCAGAGGGCUGUGCUUGUUAACGUCAGCAUCAGCUGGCCCAAUGGGAUAUCCAUCGAUUACGAGGACGGUAUGCUGUACUGGUGCGACGCCAGGACUGACAAGAUCGAGAGGAUUAACCUGGAGACCGGAGAGGACAGAGAGACGGUCCUGCAAAGCAACAACAUGGACAUGUUCUCGGUGUCCGUCUUCGAGGGCUACAUCUACUGGAGCGACAGGACCCACGCAAACGGCUCCAUUAAGCGUGGCAACAAGGACAACGCCACAGACUCCGUGUCUCUGAGGACCGGCAUUGGUGUGCAGCUCAAGGACAUCAAAGUGUUCAACAGAGCCAGACAGAAGGGUACCAACGUCUGCAUGAAGAACAACGGAGACUGCGAGCAGCUGUGCCUGUACCGGGGGAACGGAGAGCGGACCUGCGCCUGUGCCCACGGCAUGCUGGCCGAGGAUGGCGUGAGCUGCCGGGACUACGACGGCUACCUGCUGUACUCUGAGCGGACUAUCCUCAAGAGCAUCCACCUGUCGGACGAGAGCAACCUGAACGCGCCCGUCAAGCCCUUCGAGGACCCCAAGCACAUGAAGAACGUCAUCGCGCUGGCCUUCGACUACCGGGGAGGCGGCGGCAAGGGGGCCAACCGCAUCUUCUUCAGCGACAUCCACUUCGGUAACAUCCAGCAGAUCAACGAUGACGGCACGGACCGCCGGACGGUCGUGGAGAUUCCCCCAGAUGUGGGGUCAGUGGAAGGCCUGGCGUACCACCGGGCCUGGGACACUCUGUACUGGACCAGCUACACCACCUCCACCAUCACCAGACACACCGUGGACCAGACACGAACCGGAGCCUUCCAGAGGGACACGGUGGUGACCAUGUCCGGAGAUGACCACCCCCGAGCCUUCGUCCUGGACGAGUGCCAGAAUCUGAUGUUCUGGACGAACUGGAACGAGCAGAGUCCCAGUAUCAUGCGUGCCACGCUGUCAGGCGGCAACGUGGUGGUGAUCAUCGGCAAUGACAUCCGCACCCCGAACGGGCUCGCCAUCGACCACCGCGCAGAGAAACUCUACUUCUCCGACGCCACCCUGGACAAGAUAGAGCGCUGCGAGUAUGACGGCUCCAACAGAUACGUGAUCUUGAAGAACGAGCCUGUGCACCCCUUCGGCCUGGCAGUCUACGGGGACUGUAUCUUCUGGACGGACUGGGUGCGCCGGGCAGUGUUGCGCGCGGACAAGUAUGUGGGCGGAGACAUGAAGGUCCUGCGGGCGGACAUCCCCCAGCAGCCAAUGGGAAUCAUCGCUGUGGCAAACGACACUAAUAGCUGCGACUUCUCCCCGUGCAGAGUUAAUAACGGUGGCUGUCAGGACCUGUGCUUGCUGAGUGCGGACGGUCGGGUUAACUGCACCUGCCGCGGAGAACGCGUGCUGAUGGAUGACACCACCUGCAGCGCUCUGAACUCCACCUGCAGCAGCGCGGAUGAGUUUGAGUGUGGGAAUGGCGACUGCAUCCUCUACAACCAGACUUGUGACGGUGUGGCGCACUGCAAAGACAAGUCUGACGAGAAGCAGUCAUACUGCUCAAACCGCAAGUGCAAGAAAGGUUUCAGACGAUGCAUCAACGGCCGCUGUGUCACCUACAACAACUGGUGCAACGGCGUGGACAACUGUGGAGAUAACUCGGAUGAGCUGCCCUGCAACAAGACAUUGUGCGCCGCGGAGGAGUUCCAAUGCCGUGAUGGCAGCUGCAUCACUAACUCGAGCCGAUGUAACCAGGCCAUCGACUGUGAGGACGCCAGCGACGAGAUGAACUGCACUGCGACUGACUGUAGCAACUACUUCCGUCUGGGUGUGAAAGGGGUCACGUUUCAGCGGUGUGAGCUGACCACGCUGUGCUACGCGUCCAGCUGGGUGUGUGACGGGUCCAACGACUGUGGGGACAACUCUGAUGAGAGGAACUGUCCAGUUAUCUUAGACAAAAAGAAGCUGAAGUGCCCAGUGAAUUUCUUUGCCUGCCCCAGCGGACGGUGUAUCCCGAUGAGCUGGACGUGUGACAAGGAGAAUGACUGUGAGAAUGGUGCUGAUGAAAGCCAUUGUGACAAAUUCUGCAGUUCGGUCCAGUUCGAGUGCAGUAACCACCGCUGCAUCUCCAACCGCUGGCUGUGCGACGGGGCUGACGACUGCGGAGACGGCUCUGAUGAAGACAGCAGAUGCAAGACGAAGACUUGCAGCCCCGAUUCGUUCCAGUGCCCGGACUCCCACAUGUGUGUCCCCCUGCGCUGGAAGUGCGAUGGGGACCGCGACUGUCCUGAUGGGUCAGACGAGAGUGUCAAGGCUGGUUGUGUUUACAACAACACAUGUGGAGAAGGGGAGUUCAUGUGCCAGAAUAGGCAGUGCAUUCCCAAGCACUUUGUCUGUGACCAUGACAACGACUGCGGGGAUGGCUCUGAUGAGUCCAAAGAAUGUGAUUAUCCAACAUGUGGGCCUAAUGAGUUCCGUUGCGCCAAUGGGCGCUGCCUGAUCCAAAGCCAAUGGGAGUGCGAUGGAGAGUUUGACUGUCACGACCAAUCAGAUGAGGCGCCCAAAAACUCCCAUUGCACUGGGUCAGAAAAGAAAUGCAACGAUUCCUUCUUCCUUUGCAAGAACGGCAAUUGCAUCAACGAGACCCUGCUGUGUGACAACAACAAUGACUGCGAGGACGGCUCGGACGAGCUCAACUGCUUCAUUAACGAGUGCCUGAGCAAGAAGCUGAGCGGCUGCACCCAGCAGUGCCUGGAUCUCAAGAUCGGCUACAAGUGUAGGUGUAAUGACGGCUUCCGUCUGAAGGAUGAUGGGAAGACGUGCGUGGAUGUUGAUGAGUGCACCACCACCUACCCCUGCACCCAGCGCUGCGUCAACACCUACGGCAGCUUCAAAUGUCUAUGUGUGGAGGGCUUUGAGCUCAAAGCAAGCGACCCCACCAUCUGCAAGUCCACCGCGGAAGAGGAGCCUUUCCUGAUCUUUGCCAAUCGCUACUACCUGAGGAAACUGAACCUGGACGGCUCAAACUACACGCUGCUGAAACAGGGCCUGAACAACGCAGUAGCUCUCGACUUCGACUAUCGGGAGCAGAUGAUCUACUGGACUGACGUCACCACUCAGGGCAGCAUGAUCAGACGCAUGCACAUCAAUGGAAGCAACGUACAGGUUCUGCACCGCACCAGUCUGAGUAACCCGGACGGGCUGGCAGUGGACUGGGUCGCUGGGAACCUGUACUGGUGUGACAAGGGCAGAGACACCAUCGAGGUGUCAAAGCUGAACGGGGCGUACCGGACCGUGCUGGUAAACACAGGGCUGAGGGAGCCCAGGGCGGUGGCCGUCGAUGUGAGAUACGGGUAUUUGUACUGGUCGGACUGGGGGGAUCAGCCGCACAUUGGCAGGAUUGGCAUGGAUGGCACCAACAGGAGCAACAUCGUGGAGAGCAAGAUCACCUGGCCCAACGGCCUCACCCUGGACUUCAUCAAUGACAGGAUCUACUGGGCCGACGCGCGGGAGGAUUACAUUGAGUUUGCAAGCCUGGAUGGAACGAACCGGCACACAGUGCUGGGUCAGGACAUCCCUCACAUCUUCGCUAUGACCCUGUUUGAGGAAUACAUCUACUGGACGGACUGGGAGACCAAGUCUAUCAACCGAGCGCACAAGACCAUGGGCAAGAACAAGAGCAUGCUGAUAAGCACGCUGCACCGGCCCAUGGACAUCCACAUCUUCCACCCGUCCCGACAGCCAGGGGUGCCUCACCACCCCUGCCAGACUGACAAUGGUGGCUGCUCGAACCUGUGCCUCCUGUCACCCGGCGGGGGGUUCAAGUGCGCCUGUCCCACCAAUUUCUACCUGGCCGCCGAUGGCAGGACCUGCAUGUCCAACUGCACAGCCAGCCAGUUCGUAUGCAAGAACGACAAGUGCAUUCCGUUCUGGUGGAAGUGCGACACAGAAGACGAUUGUGGGGACCGAUCAGACGAGCCCGAGGAAUGCCCCGAAUUCAAAUGCCGACCGGGACAGUUCCAAUGUGGAACAGGGAUCUGUACCAACCCUGCCUACAUCUGCGAUGGAGACAAUGAUUGCCAGGACAGCUCGGACGAAGCCAACUGCGAUAUACACGUGUGCCUGCCCAGCCAGUUUAAAUGCACCCACCCCAGUCGCUGUAUCCCAGGAAUAUUCCGCUGCAACGGGCAGGACAACUGCGGAGAGGGCGAGGACGAGAAGGACUGCCCGGAGGUCACGUGUGCUCCCAAUCAGUUCCAGUGCUCCAUCACCAAGCGCUGCAUCCCCCGGGUGUGGGUCUGUGACCGGGACAAUGACUGUGUGGACGGCUCGGACGAGCCCGCCAACUGCACUCAGAUGACAUGUGGUGUGGAUGAGUUCCGCUGUAAAGACUCGGGUCGCUGCAUUCCUGCACGCUGGAAAUGCGACGGGGAAGACGACUGCGGAGACGGGUCGGACGAGCCCAAAGAGGAGUGCGACGAGCGGACAUGCGAACCCUACCAGUUCCGCUGCAAAAACAACCGCUGUGUGCCGGGGCGCUGGCAGUGUGACUACGACAACGACUGUGGGGACAACUCUGACGAGGAGGGAUGCACUCCCCGGCCCUGUUCAGAAAGCGAGUUCUCUUGUGCCAACGGCCGCUGCAUUGCGGGCAGAUGGAGAUGCGAUGGGGACCAUGACUGUGCGGACGGCUCUGAUGAGAAAGACUGCACAGUGCGGUGUGAGAGUGACCAGUUCCAGUGCAAGAGUGGGCACUGCAUCCCUCACCGCUGGCUCUGCGACGGGGAUGCUGACUGCUUGGACGGGAGCGACGAGGAGAAAUGUGGCACUGGAGUGGUGCGAACCUGCCGGCUUGAUGAGUUCCAGUGUAACAACACGCUGUGUAAACCUCUCGCCUGGAAGUGCGACGGAGAGGAUGACUGCGGGGAUAACUCUGACGAGAACCAAGAGGAGUGCAUGAAGUUCCAGUGCCCCCCCAACAGACCCUUCCGUUGCCAUAACGACCGGGUGUGCCUGUGGAUUGGCCGGCAAUGCGACGGCGUUGACAACUGCGGAGAUGGCACUGACGAGGCCAACUGCGAUGCUCACACUCAGAAGCCUCACUGCGGGAAGGAUGAGUUCCAGUGUGGCAAUGGGAAGUGCAUCAGCGCUGCUCUGCUCUGCAACCACUUCGAUGACUGCGGGGAUAGGUCCUCCGACGAGCAGGACUGUCACAAAGAACGCAACUGCAAGACUGACAAGGCAAUCUGCGGUGAUGGUGCUGAGGCGGAGUGCAUCCAGAAUAAGUCUGCUGUGUUCUGCACCUGUAAGCUGGGAUUCCACCUGAACAGCGUCAAUCAUUGUGCAGAUAUAGACGAGUGUAAGGUGUUCGGUACCUGCUCCCAGCUCUGUAACAACACCAAGGGCUCCCAUGUGUGCAGCUGUGCCAAGAACUACAUGAAAAUGCACAACACCUGCAAGGCCGAAGGAUCGACACACCAGGUGCUGUACAUCGCGGACGAUAACGAGAUCCGCAGCAUUUACCCCUUCAACCCAAACUCCGCCUACGAGCAGGCUUUCCGGGGAGACGAGAACGUGCGCAUCGACGCCAUGGAUAUCUACGUCAAGGGCAACAAGAUCUUCUGGACAAACUGGCACACGGGCAAGAUCUCCUACCGCGAGCUGCACGCCACGUCCAACACCAACUCCAACUCCAAUCGCAACCGCCGGCAGAUUGACGGCAUGGCCACCGACCUCAGUAUCCCGGGGUUGAAGAUGCCUCGUGGCAUUGCGGUGGACUGGGUCGCUGGGAACAUCUACUGGACGGACUCUGGGCGGGAUGUGAUUGAGGUGGCACAGAUGAACGGAGAGCAUCGCAAGACGCUCAUCUCCGGCAUGAUUGAUGAACCAUACGCCAUCGUGGUGGAUCCACUGCGAGGGAUCAUGUACUGGGCUGACUGGGGAAACCAUCCCAAGAUUGAGACCGCUGCCAUGGACGGUACAAUGCGAGAGACGCUGGUCCAGGAAAAUAUUCAGUGGCCAACAGGUCUCGCGGUGGAUUACUUCAAUGAGAGGCUGUACUGGGCAGACGCCAAGCUCUCCGCCAUCGGCAGUGUGCUUCUCAAUGGUUCAGACCCGGUGGUCAUAAUCAAUAGCAUCCUCAGCCACCCAUUCAGCAUCGACAUCUUUGAGGACUACAUCUACGGCGUGACGUACAUUAACAAUCGCAUCUUCAAGGUGCACAAGUUCGGCAAAGAGAAAAUGGAAUUCAUGAACUCGGGGCUCAACCACGCCACAGACGUGGUGCUCUACCACCAGCACAAGCAGCCUGACGUGACGAACCCAUGUGAUCGCAAGAAGUGUGAGUGGCUGUGUCUGCUGAGCCCCAGUGGUCCUGUCUGCACCUGUCCCAACGGCCGAAGACUGGACAACGGGACCUGCGUGGAAAUCCCCUCCCCAACCCUGUCUCCCAUCUCUCCCCCCACUGGUACCUGCAGUCAGCAGUGUCUAAAUGGUGGCAAGUGCUUCCUGAACGCCCGCAAGCAGCCCAAGUGCCGAUGCCAGCCUCGCUACACAGGGGACAAGUGUGAACUCGACCAGUGCCGCGAGUACUGUCAGAACGGGGGUACCUGCACCGCCUCGCCCACAGGAACCCCAACCUGCCGCUGUCCUAACGGCUAUACCGGCCCCAACUGUAACCAGCAGGUGUGCAAGGGCUACUGCCAGAACAACUCCACCUGCCUGGUCAACCAGGGUAACCAGCCUAACUGUCGCUGCCUGGGAGACUUCAUCGGAGACAAGUGCCAGUAUCGUAAAUGUUUCGAUUACUGUGAAAACGGCGGCACGUGCCAGCAGGCUUCGGAUGGCAGAAAGCUGUGCCGCUGCACUCCGCAGUACGACGGCCCGGCGUGCGAGCAGAACAAGUGCAGCCGCUGCAAGGGUGGCGCCUGCACUCUCAACAAGCAGAGCGGAGAGGUGUCCUGCAACUGCACUAAUGGAAGGAUCGCCCCCAGCUGCCUAACAUGUCAGGACUAUUGUCUGAAUGGUGGAGAAUGCACAAUGGACAAACGAACGUAUAUGCCGGAGUGCCAGUGUUCUCCAGGCUGGUCAGGAACUCUGUGUGAUGAGGUGGUCCCUACUGGUUCCUCACAGGGCAAUGGAAGGACAGCGUCGAUUGUGAUUCCCAUCAUCCUGUUGCUGCUUCUAAUCCUGCUGAUAGCCGGGGCUGUGUUCUGGUACAAGAGGAGAAUGCGAGGGGCCAAGGGGUUCCAGCACCAGCGCAUGACAAACGGCACCAUGAAUGUGGAGAUGGCCAACCCCACCUACAAUUACGAAGGGGAGCCUGACGAUGAUGGAGGAGAGCUCCUGGACGCAGACUUCCCCCUCGACCCAGACAAGCCCACAAACUUCACGAAUCCAGUGUAUGCCACACUCUACAUGGGGGCCCACAACAGUAGGAACUCGUUGGCCAGUACCGACGAGAAGAAGGAGUUGCUUUCCAGGGGGGACGAUGACCUGGGGGACCUGCUGGCAUAGACCUGCUCGCCGCGCCACACAGACAGAUUCUUGCUGUUUUCAGAUGUGUUUUACUUUUAAAAAAAUAAUAAUACAAAAACAUAAAGAAAAAAGACAACACUGUAUAAAUGUACAAACGAAGGACUACUUUUGUAUGUGAUUGCAGUAUUAUAUUUUGGUCUUUUUUAAUUCUUUGCGGUUAAUCUUUUAAAAAUAGCUACAUUUUCCCCCGGCUACCCUCUAAAAUCGCCACAGCCUCUGUGCGAAACGGCCAAUGCCACACCAGAUUUUUUGGGGGAAACCUGCACAGGUGCCAUUGUCGCAUUUGAAGAUCGUUUGUUUUUUGUUUUUUUUCCAAGAGGUGAUGGAGAGACAGAGGAGUUCAGAGGUCAAGGGUUCAGAGGUAAUUGUGGUAAAGGCUGGGCAUUGGAACGAGCGACUGUUAAAUUUGUUUUAAGUGUAAAGAAAGGGUAGGGUUUGAUUCCCAGUUAUAAGACAUUUCUAUAUGGCAAAUGUACAGCAUUUCAGGGGAUGGCUGAUGUGUUUUUUUUUAGUUUUUUUUUUUUAAUUUCCUCAGAACAAAUAAUAAUGGUGUUUUGAAGAGUGAUUGUGUAUUGUAUUUCUUGCACAGACUUUGAAAUGAAGAAUCUUCUGUUUUUGAGAAGUGUCAAAUACACAGGUAACUAAACACAGAAAUAGCUUAUUUUUUAAUGUUUUAGGUUUGAGAGAAAGAAAUAUUAAUAAUAUACCAUUCCAGGCUUGUAAUGCUUCUAAGAAAUUAAAUGCUUACAUAGGCGAUAUAGCAAAAGGAGGUCAAUUUUUACAGUUAAUUCAAGCAGGAAGACAAUAAAGUAAAGGACUCCAUUUUAUGAGUUCGAAAAGGUAUGAAAUGGUACUUUUAAAACAUUAAGUAAAUACCAAUAUUGAGAACUUUAGCUUUGAAAGGAAAAAUUAACAAAGUACUUCUUUUGUUUCACAAAAUCUUCUCAUUAAAGGGCUUGGAUAGCGAAUAUGUUUUAUCUCAAAAUGUAUUUUCAAUAUUUUUUUAGGUAAUUUUAACUUCAGCUUUUUAAAUUUGUAUUCUGAUUUGAAUUGCAGUAUAAGAGAGGUUUAUUUUUGUUUGUCUUUAUAGCUUUUUUUUGUUUUCUUUUCAUUUAUACGCAUUUGCUGCUAAUGCUGGCUUUGUCCGAAACAUUAUCAAACUCAGCAGUCCUUAUAGUCUGGCUGAGAAGCUGCUUCUAUUGAAGGUAAUCAGCCAUAUUUUAAUGCAUGUAACUAAAAUACAAAAAAAAUAACAAACCCGCUUAUCCGAACACUACAUAACAGUAUUCAUAGAGCGUUCAUUUUUUUUUUGUUAUAAAAAGAAAAAAAAUUAAGUACAAUCAGUUUUCUUUUUGUUUCGUAAUUUUAUUCAACAUGCAUUUUGUUUUUUUUUGUUUUUAUAAAUAAAAAUAAAUACAAAAAUAGCUUUUAUAGUA